AUGGGGUUUUGGGAAUUUGUUAGUAAAAUAGUAAUAACCACUACAGCUGGUAUUAUCUUAGGUCCUGCUGCUAUUCCUGUCGGUGCUGCUGUCUGGGGCACAAGUGAAAUAAUUAAACAGAAUUCUGAAAAUAAGGAUGUAAGAGGAGUCUUUGGCUUUAUUAGUGAUUGCGGUCGUGAAACUUUUACUGGUGAAGCACUUGGCUUGGCUGCUCAAGGAGCUGUUACGGUGGUAGAAUUGAGUGUAGAAUUGAGUAAAACAAAUAGUUCCUCAACAGCGGAGCAGCAAAGAAAACAGUUGGAGAAUACUUCAUAUUGGACUACCAGAAUUGAAGCAAUUAAUGCAAUUAAGCAUAGUAUUCAUUUGGACAAUGGGCAAUGA